AUGGCUCUAAGCCCGGUCGCCAAAACUCGGGCCUGCAUCGUCGCAUCGAUCAUCCUCACCUGGUGGGUGGCGUCCUUGCUGCCUCGCUUCAAGCCGGCAGCCACGUCCCAAGUCGCGGCGCCGUGGCGAAGUUUUCCCUCGAUAAAGGCCAAAUGGGGCAAUCAUGACACGCCAUACAACGCCUCCAAGCUGGCCGUCAUUAUCGAUCCUGAACCGAACCCCCUACUUGUGCCGCUCAUCUUGCACAUGAUGGCCGUGGUGCCCCCCGACUGGCGGUUCCUCUUCAUCGGCUCCAAGGCAAGUGUCUUGGCCGUGGGCCGAGGCUUCGGUAUCCAGGUUCAGCAGGCUUUUGGCAGGAUUGAUCUAAAGGAGGUGCCUAAGCCUUGGUCCAUUGAGGACGACCACCACCGAUCGGCAUUAUGGACGGAUCUACGCUUCUACAAUGACGUCAUUCCUGGAGUCGAGUGGAUAUUGAAGUUUGACCGCGAUAGCAUCCUUUGCUCCAACUCGGAAACAAGUCUGAAUGAUUGGCUCGACUGGAGUUGGGCUGGAGCUGCCAGGUCCGAUGACGGAUUCUCCGGACAUGGCGGCCUAUCGCUGCGGCGCGUCUCUGUAAUCAAGCGAGUGCUCGAGUUCCAGAAAUGGUUUGAUGACUCGGAGCCGGAGGACGAUUGGUUCGCAAAGCGCCUAAAGCUAUUGCCCGACAUCAAGGCUCUCAGCGGCUCUGAGAGGGCGUUCGCCGUCGAGAACAAGUUGGUAGAUAAACCGAUGGGAUAUUAUGCUCGAGACCGCGGCAGAGGUCUCGACAAGGAGGUUUGGAAGAUGCCAGAGACGCGACAGAAGAUCUUCGAUUACUGCCCUGAGCUGCGUUAUAUCAUGGACAUGAAGCUGGAGCAGGAGCGGUGCCCGGAAGACAACAAACAGGACAAACCCCCCGGAAAAGACCAAGCGUGA